UUUUUUCCUACUCUUGAGUAAGGAAAACAGUAUUUUUUUUUUCUUCCUGUCGACUUUGUGAGAACUUAACUGAUCUGACUGGUGAGAAUGGGGCUGAAGUCUGUAGUUGGAGAUCUUGUAUGGACUUUGUUUUUUCUCUGGAAUGUUUGUGACUGUGUUAAAACUCAUCAGGACGCAAAUACCGUAAUCAACCUCUUGAAGGCUCUAAACGUCACUCACUCUCAACGGGCCAAAGGUCGUGACUCAGAGAUGCCAGCCUGGCGUUUUCGUUCCCACACGCCUCAUCUCACGUUACCCCAGAACUUUUCCGACUACCUCUUUAGCACUUCCCAGGGCGUCCUGGGUUUCCACCUGGUGGGCCGGCAAAAAAGAGGCUCGGAGGCCACUCUCAUCUCCCUCACCUCCCCUGCCCAGCAGAAGCAUGACGGACGCCCCCUGCUGGAGCUGGUCUCCAACACCCGAGCAGACUGGCUGCAGCUGGAGGUCAGGUCAGUGGACGUCUCACGGAGAGAGGUGAUCAAGCUGCCAGGCGGGAGUCCCUUCACAGAUGGUUGGGUGAGGAUGGCGCUGAGUGUGGAGCCCAGACAGGUGGUGCUGUUUGUGGAAUGCAAGGAGGCCAUGGUGCUCAAAAAGAAAGAAGGUGGACCAAUCCUGACUCUAGACUUCCCACGCGAUCUGAAGGUCACGUUCUCCAGCACUGCAGGAAAUAAAGCCAGCAAGUUCAAUGGUUUUUGGCAGACCGCUGAACUCUCCAUGAGGGCAUAUGAGAGGCGUCCGUGGUUCUGUGACAAAGUAACAGACUCCCUUCCUGACACAGUCCAACCCACCAGUCCCACCGUAUCAGCAAUCUCAGACCUGGAUAUGAUGAAUGACCAGGCAAACCGUGGAGAUGAAAUAGCAUUAGAUACAAGAUACCACAGUGAAUCAGACUUGCGUUUAGGCCAACUGGAGAACAAACUGCAUAGCAUCAAGACCAUGCUGGACAUGCUAAAGAAACAGAACACUGACCUGCAGACGAAGGUUGAAUACUUGGAAACGUGUGAAUGUACAAAAAAACUCACACGAAAGUGCGUUUAUGAAGGACGCCAGGUGGAUGAGGGACAUCGCUGGUCUCCUGACAGCCGCACUGACUGUUCCUGCUCCAAUGGCCAAGUUCAGUGUAAUCGUUUAAGUGAAUGCAGCUUUCAUGGAAAUAUCUAUAAUGAUGGCGAUGCCUUCAGCACAGACGACUGCAACCGGUGUACUUGUAAGAAUGGAAGAGUAGAAUGCGAAAUGAUUCCAUGUCCACCACAGACCUGUGAGGAGCCGUCUGAUCCUCAGAGACCAUGCUGCCCUGCCUACCAAACAAAAUGUAGACAUGAAGGUGAAAUCCAUGAGAACGGUGAUGUGUUUGUAUCGAGAUCCAACCCUUGCCACAAAUGCAUCUGCUCUAACAGUGAGGUGUCAUGUAAUCCCAUUGAGUGUCCGCCCACCCCGUGUCCAAACCCCUACAUGAGACAGGGGGAGUGUUGCCCUACCUGCUCUGCAUGUGAUGUGGGCGGUCGGCCAUACAACGACCCUUUCAGCACCAUUGAUGGCUGCCAGACCUGUACCUGUCAGGGUGGGAAUGAGGCGUGUGUUGAUGUGCAGCAGUGUCCUCAGACGUGUCUAGAUGGUGUGAAGCCACCGUUUGGCUCCUGCUGCAGAGAUUGUUCCCGCUGUAACUAUGAGGGGCAAGUUGUCCUAGACGGCGUCUCUUUUCAACCCAACCGUGACCCCUGCAAACACUGUGUGUGCAAUGCAGGGAAUAUACAAUGUGAAACUCAGUCGUGUCCUACUCUACUUCCUUGUCGUUUGGUGGAGACUGUAGGUGGGCAGUGCUGUCCUAGGUGUCGAAGUUGUGUCCAGAACAAUGUGUGGCACCUGCACGAUUCUCAGUGGACCUAUCCUGAUGACCCCUGCACAACCUGUAGAUGCAUGGAGGGUAGGGUUCAGUGUGAGCGUGCACUCUGUCAUGUCCCCUGUAGAAACCCAGCCUCUGCUCCCCCCGGAUCCUGCUGCCCUGUCUGUGACGGUUGUAAUGUGAAUGGAAGGGACAUCCCAAAUGGGAUGGAAUUGCCGCCAGGACCCCAGUGUGAGGGCAGAUGUACAUGUGUGAAUGGAAAUAUUAAUUGCGUUCAGUACCCCUGCCCACCAACUCCCUGUUAUAAUCCAGUGAAGAGACCAGGAGAAUGUUGUGAACGAUGUGAGCAGUGUAUAUAUGAGGAUAUUGUAUACACAGACGGUCAAACCUUCGUAUCCAGAGAGGAUCCGUGCUUGAAAUGUCAAUGCUUGGGUGGGCAAGUGUCAUGUGAAUCUUCAAUAUCUUCAUGUCCGCCUCCCAGUUGCACUCACCCAACAAAUUCACAUGGCCAGUGCUGCCCUACUUGUCACAUGUGUAAAUAUGAAGGAAGGAUUUAUGAAGAUGGACAAGAAUUCAGGCCUCCCGGUGGUGGUCCAUGCCUUCAGUGUACAUGCAAGGGGGGUAACGUGAGAUGUCACCAGGAAAGAUGCCCAUCUUUGAAUUGUGCAGUUCCCACUUCCGUUUCUCCUAACAUCUGCUGCCCAGUGUGCAGAGGAUGUUUGUGGAAUGGCGUUCAGUAUGAGGAAGGAGACACGUGGACUUACGCUGACCAAAGCUGUUCUUGUGUGGGGGGGCAGGCUACAUGUAGUCAAAAUUGUGCCCCCGGGCCCUACCUAGAGCCCACCAUACUGCCAGAUGUCUGUGAAUAUGAUAACCGCAUCAUUACUAAUGGAGGUACAGUUCCAAAUCCUGAGAAUCCAUGUGAGGAUUGUGUUUGCACUGAUGGGCGUGUGGACUGUGGGAAUCGCGAGUGUCCAAGGCCGAACUGCAACUAUCCUCGGCCGGGGACGUGCUGCCAAAACAACUGCAAUGGAUGUAGUCAUGCAGGUAGAGAGUAUCCAAAUGGAAUGGAAUUUCCACAUCCAGAAGACAAAUGCAGGACGUGCCGUUGCACCAAUGGUAACAUCCAGUGUCUGAUGAAGCGAUGUCCAGCGGUGCAUUGUGCUGAUUCGUUUGUUCUGCCAGGAGAGUGCUGCCGCCAGUGUCCAGCACCCCUUGCUGACUGCAAUGUUGAAAGACAGCUUUACAGACACGGGCAGCAGUUCCACCAUCCCACUGACAGCUGUCAAUUAUGCAUCUGCACCAAUGGGACAAUUUCAUGCCGGCACAGGCCUUGCCCCUCUGCGUCCUGCUCUAACCCCAUAACUCAAGAGUGCUGUCGCACAUGUGAUGGCUGCAAGUAUGCUGGCGUGGAGUACCUGAACGGUCAGGAGUUUGCAGACCCUUCUGAUCACUGCGGUCGUUGCAGGUGCAUGAAUGGUCACGUGACCUGCAAUGGGAGACCCUGUCACAAUCCAGGAUGUGGUUACCCCACCAAAAGGGCGGACCAGUGUUGUCCUGUGUGUGAAGGCUGUCAGUUUGAGGGAAGAGUUUAUGCAGAUGGUGAGUCAUUCCAAUCACCCACAGCAUCAUGUGAGGAGUGCAGAUGUUCUAAAGGUGAGGUUCAGUGUUCUCCUAAAAGCUGUCCCACGAUCUCCUGCCCUCACCCUCAGCGGGACCCCUGCGCAUGUCAAAUGUGUGAGGGCUGUCAUUACCGCAGUCGGGAUUGUGAAAAUGGAGAACGCUUCCCUGAUCCCAACGACCACUGCCGGGGCUGUAUUUGCCUGAAUGGAAGUGUAUCAUGCACACCCGUGUCUUGUCCAGAAGUGUCUUGCAAGCACCCUGUGCGCCCUCCAGGUGAGUGCUGUCCUGUGUGCAUAGGGAUAUGUGAACACCUGGGACAGGUGUACGAGAACAGUGCCACAUUCACCCCACCCAACGACCACUGCUCUACCUGCACAUGCGUGAGCGGAGUCGUGUCCUGUGAGAAAAAGCCGUGUUCUCAGCAGUGCACACAUCCGGUACACAUUAGGCACUGCUGUCCGGUGUGUGACGAAUGUCUGUUUGAAGGGCGGAGGUAUGCAAACACGCAGAUGUUCAACGCCCCCUCGGACCCCUGCAGGCGCUGUGUGUGUCAGAGCGGCUCUGUCACGUGCACCAGGGUCGCCUGUCCUGUGGUUUCCUGCCGGAACCCUGUCACCCCACCGGGACAGUGCUGCUCACAGUGCAGAGUAUGUGUUCAACAAGGUCAGGAGUAUGAAGAAGGACAGAGCUUGACCCUCCCCGCUGAUCCCUGCUUGAACUGCACCUGUGUGGAUGGUGAGAUGAGGUGUGUAGGUCCUCCUUGUGCUAAAUUGACCUGCAUGCAUCAGGUCACGGAUCCCAGCUCCUGCUGUCCCCGCUGCAGAGGCUGUUUUUAUGACGGUGUCGAGCACAUUGAAGGCAGCACCUGGUUUCCAUCCAGUGGUCCCUGCAUGUCCUGUAUGUGUGUGGAUGGAGUGACCACCUGCUCGAUGGUCCACUGUCUCUCCACCUGUCUAAACCAGAUCAGCGUGCCAGGAGAAUGUUGCCCAGUGUGUGCAGACUGCGUGUUUGAAGGCCGUGUGUAUGGCCCUGGAGAGAGUUUCCACCCUUCUGGUGAUCACUGUGAGAUCUGCACCUGUGAGGUGAUGUCAGAUGGGGAACAGCACUUGAGCUGCUAUAGGAAGCAGUGCCCGAGUCUGGUGGACUGUCCUAAACACAAUAUCCUAUACAGCGGCUCUGACUCCUGCUGCCCUGUCUGUGCACAGCCCCUCAGCAACUGCACAGCUACACUGAUCGGUAAUGAAGUCUUAGCCACUGAUGAUCCGUGUUUCACCUGUCAGUGCAAGGAUUUGACAUGGACGUGUAUUCAUCAAGACUGCCCUCCUCUCAGCUGCCCUCCGGAUUAUCAGCGCACACACCCUGAUUCCUGCUGCCCCGUCUGUGACGAGUGUGUAUUAGAGGGCGAAAACCACGUACUAAGCGGACAGAGAUGGACAGACCAGGAGAAUGAGUGUAUCACCUGCAUCUGCAAUCAAGGGCACAUCGAGUGUGAUCUGCAGGAGUGUCCUCCUCUUGAUUGUCCGGAUGGAUCAGUCAAAGUGAAGAACCCUGGGAAGUGCUGUCUAGAGUGCAAAGGCAUCACAACCGUAGUCCACUCCAUAGACACUGGUGCACAAUGUGUGUACGAGGGACAGAUGUACAGCCCCAAUGACCACUGGGAGGUGGACGAGUGUACGACCUGCACCUGUGUGUCCGGAGACGUGCACUGCCAAACCCAGAGAUGCCCAACGCUCACGUGUGCCUCGGAUGAAAGUCCGGCCCUGGUUCCUGGAGUGUGUUGUCCUCACUGCAUUCCCCACCCCGCCACCUGCAUUGUGUUUGGAGACCCUCACUAUCGAACGUUUGAUGGAAAGAUGGUGAACUUCCAGGGGACGUGCACAUAUGUUCUGGCUCAGGACUGUGAGGGCGGUGACUUCAGUGUUCAUGUGUCUAAUGAGGACCGGGGACGUAGGGGAGUGUCUUGGACUAAAGAAGUGACCGUGUUUAUUGGAGAUGUUGUGGUGCAGCUGUUUCAGGACUGGAUUGUCAAGGUUGAUUAUCAACCCGUCUCCCUGCCGUUUCUUAAAGAGCCGUAUGUUUACCUGGAGCGCAAGACCAACACCAUCCUCCUAAACACCAAUGUUGGGCUGAAGGUGUUAUGGAAUGGCCGGUCUCAUGUGGAAGUUAGCGUUCCUGGUACCUACAAGAAGCACAUGUGCGGUUUAUGUGGAAACUUCAAUAACUACCCUCACGAUGACAUGAAACUUCGCAAUGGACAAAUCGCCAAUUCUGAAGCAGCUUUCGGAAACAACUGGAAGGUGGGCAGUGUAAAUUCAAAUGUUCAGUGUUCUGAUGUGAAAAACAUUAAUCCGUGUAAGGAGGCUGGAUACUCUGCCCAUAAGACAGCAAAUACUCGGUGCACAGUGCUGAAGUUGCCCGUGUUUGAACGUUGUCAUAAAGUGGUGCCACCCGAGAUGUUCUUUGCAUCAUGUGUGUAUGAUCUGUGCGCCUGCGGGUCCAAUAUGGAUGAGUGUUUGUGUGACGUGUUGGAGGCUUACGCGUCCGAGUGCCGUGAAGCCGGUGUUAUCCUGCAGUGGAGGUCGCCGACACUCUGUGCUGUGGGUUGCCCGUUGGACCGUGGUUAUGUGUUUGAUGAGUGUGGGCCACCGUGUCCUAAGACAUGUUUUAAUAAAGACGUGCCACUCGGUGUGAUCGAGGCUCACUGCUUUAAACCCUGUGUGCCAGGAUGCCAGUGUCCCGCUGGACUGGUUGAACACAACGCCCACUGCAUAACCCCUGAGAAAUGCCCUAAAAUCAUCCAUGGCAAACUUUGAGACCCUUAAACUGUGGAGUCAAAUCGGUUUGUCUACAAGGUCUAAAUAUCACUGAAUCUUGUUCUAAUCAUCCAUGUGAUCUAAUGAACAAAAGAAAGCUCUUGAAGUCAACAUGAAAUCAAAAUUUGCUUUAUUUCUUUAUAAUGCACAUUCCUGGUCUUAUUCUGUAAAGGCCUAUUCACACUGCACCGAAAGACACCCACCAACACCAAACGCUUGUUUUUGACGAAUGAACUUGUUCAUUUGUGGUUUGUCGCGAUGUCAAAUGGGAAUAUCUAAGAAAUUGACGUAUGAGUGUGAAUUGGCCUUAAAAUUGGUUCACAUUAUUCCAUAUAAAAAUGUUUAUAAUCAUUAUACAAAUGUAAAAAAACUUACUAGUUUUCAGCUGACAACACAAAUCCCUCUUACUUAUCAACCCUUGUCCUUCACUUUUCGCAAUUCUGUUAUUUCCUGAUGACUAAAAAGUACCACCCUACAUGUUUCAUUCAGAUAUUCAUCAGAUUACAGGUAUAAUGAGUUGCGAAUGGAGUUUUGUAUUGACUUUAAAAUGCUUGAGCUUUAAGCAGAUUUACAUUUUUUACUUUAUAGUUCAAUCCACAUUAACAGUCCUCUACUGUAUACUGUAUUUGGCUUGUUUGUUUGUUUGUUGGUUGGUUUUUGAUUGGUGCUACUGUCUGUAAGUGUUUCUAACAGUGUUGACCUGUGUUUAAUGUAGCUAAAUUACACAUUAUCAGUUACACAUCCAGUGAUGGGAUAACAUUUUGAGCAAACAUGGACAAAGUUUUCCUCUUUCUUUCACCUCAGAUGCAAAGAGGUAAAAGCUUUUUUGAAUCAUCCUAAGGUUUCUUUUUCUUUUUCUUUUUUACCAUGGUUGCUUGCCAUAACAUCAAGAUAAAAUAUUAUGGAAUUUUUUCUUGAAAUGAUUUGAACAAUAUGGAAAGAUGCAUCUGCAUAGAUUUUGUUUUGAUUUGUUGCACUGUUUUUGAUGGGACAUUUCUGCUGUUGCACUGGUGUUGUGACUAUAUUUUAUAACUCUCUUUAAAUACAGAGCUUCAUAAGCAAUA